AUGGCCGGCCCCGUUGCCGGCGAGCUGCGUCAGCCCGUCUCCACUCCUCCCCCGGUCUAUCUACGCUCCUCUCCACCUCUCCAUGUCUCUGCAGAUAUCCCGCCGAUACCUUCAUCGUUUGGUGGCCGUCGGAAACCGGCGAUCGUGUCUCCGUUGAAUAUCGAUCACGCCGCCGUCAUUCAGAACUCGCCUGUCUCGCCCGUCAAGAUCGACGAUGCCAUUGGUCUACCCGAGGCGUCGACGGCCUGCAUCGAGAACUCACAUGCCGACGAUGAAGGUCUAUCGUUGCCGCCGCUCCCAGACUUUGCCUCCAUGGCUCUGGAAGACAAUGACAGCAAGACGGACUCGUUUCCGCCUCCCCGACGAGACUCGAUGCCGGUUUCGCGGCAGUCGCAACCUCUACCGUACGGCCAUACCCCUGCCAGCAGUGGUUCGUGGUCUGUGGUCGACCCCAGCGCAAAGGGGGACCCUUCGGUCAAGCCGAGCGGUUCCUCCUCGGAUCGAGAUCUGCCAACCAGCAGCCGUACGGGCACUUCCUCUCCCGCGAGUCUCGAUAGCAUGACCCAGCUGCCAGAAUCUUAUGAACCGUUACAUUACCAUCAUCAACAACAACAACAACAACAACAACAACAACAACAACAACAACAACAACAACAGCAGCAGCAGCAGCACUCAAAACAAAAAAAGCAGCAACAGCAACAGCAACAAUACCUCCGCGAUGCUCGGACGGCACUCCAAUCAAGCUCGAACCCGACGGACGGCGGCGGCGCCGCCCCGCAGAACGGGGUCUAUCUGGCUGCUCGGCGACCGGGGUACCCCCCGCGCCCAUCCUCGGUGUACUCUUCGGUGUCGGAUUUGCCGGGUCAAGUCCAUCAUCUGUCACCAGGGGCCUCGCCGUAUCUGCACGCACGCUCCUCCUCGCGCAACUCGACCGCGUCGCCGGACCAGCGACCGCUCUCCUUUGUCGACCUGCUCAACACGUCGUACCCGCAGCCGGGGCCCACGCCCACGCUGGUGGGCCACGAGCACUUGCGUUCUUCCGUGGGCAACAAUGCCUCGCUGCUGAGUCACAAACAGACGUUUGACAUGUACCUGGCCAACGUCAAGAAGACCGACGACUCGGCCGUGCAGUACGAGUUUGCCGUCUUCAUCGUGAACUCGCUGCCGGAGGUUUCCUCGGAGGAAGACCUCGGCGGCGGCGGCGGCGGCGGCGGCAGUAGUCCCAAGGCCAGGAGAGCCUCAACAGGAGUCUCGGCCGGGGCCACGGCCCCGGGGCUGACACGCGCGGGGCUAUUGAAGGAAGCGCGGUCGAUCCUGCAGCGGCUGGCGGACCGCAGCUACCCCUUUGCACAGUACUACCUGGCGGACGGGAUGGCGUCCGGCCUGUUCAGCAAGGGCAAGGAAGACUACGACCGGGCGUUCCCGCUGUUCCUGGCGGCCAGCAAACACGGGCACGUCGAGGCCUGCUACCGGACCGCCCUGUGCUACGAGUUCGGCUGGGGGUGCCGCGUGGAUGGCGGCAAAGCGGUCCAGUUCUACCGGCAGGCGGCGUCCAAGAACCACCCGGGCGCCAUGCUGCGGAUGGCCAACGCCUGCCUGGAGGGUGACAUGGGCCUGGGUCGACGGUACCGUGAGGGGAUCAAAUGGCUGAAGCGCGCCGCCGAGUCGUCGGACGAGCUGUACCCGUCGGCGCCCUACGAGUUGGGCCUCCUGCACGAGACCGGCUACGGCGAUGACAUCUUCCAGGACGUGGCCUACGCCGCGCAGCUGUUCACCCGCUCCGCCGAUCUGGGCCAUGUCGAGGCCAGUUACCGCCUGGGAGAUGCGUACGAGCACGGCAAGCUGCACUGCCCGCGCGACCCGGCCCUCAGCAUCCACUUUUACACGGGUGCCGCCCAGCGCGGUCAUCCCCUGGCCAUGAUGGCCCUGUGCGCGUGGUAUCUGGUCGGCGCGGAGCCCAUCCUAGAAAAGGACGAGUCGGAGGCGUACGAAUGGGCCAAGCGGGCGGCUGACUUGGGCCUCGGCAAAGCACAGUAUGCCCUCGGCUACUUCACAGAAAUGGGGAUCGGAUGCCGGCGCGACCCGCUGGAAGCCAACAUGCUGUACGUCAAAGCCGCCGACGGAGGCGACGAGCGAGCCAAGCAGCGCAUCGCGGCCAUCCGGGCGGCGGCGGACGGCCAGGCGGCACCAAAGAAGAGUGAGUCUCCUUCUUCUUCUGCUUCAGUUCUGCUUGUUCUAACGUCAGUAGAUGACAAGACGAAGAAGCGAUUUGGGAUUUUCUAG